GCCAACGCACACGCGCGCCAAAUACAAGAGUGAGAGCUGCGCAGUUUUGACUAACGGGGUUUUGUUUGGCUGGAAAAUAAAUUGCAUUACAGUGAAAAUUGGACGAGGUUUGUUUCAGUGGAGCUGCGUCAUUGUUCAGAUCUCGGAGCAUCGCAAGAGGCCGGUACCUGAAACGUGGGCCGUGAAUCAAUAAGCGAGGAAGACCUUCAGUAGAUGACGCGCACAUUGGAAGAGGAGCUGCUGAAGAUGCAGGACAGUGACAGCAGUGACAACGAGCCACUCAUUCGGAAGAUUGUCUCUGGCAACUGCAAGCGGAAGAGAGAGGAAGAGGAUGAAGGGAAGGAAGGGAGCAGCACAGAAGAUUCGAUGAGGACGAAGAAAUCUCGCCUGGAGACAGUCUGUCCAGAUUCUCCAGAUUCUGGGAUAGAAAGGGCUGGAAAGGUAGAAAAGCAGAAAAAGCAGAAGGAUGGAGAGGACAGGAGUGAGGAUGAUGAUGGUCUGCAGAGCAGUGGGGAGAGUGAGGAAGAGCAGAGGAGAGUUCCCCAAAAGAAGGCACAGAAACCAAGGAAAAGAAAUAAAGGACCCGUUAGGAAGGUCAGUUCAGAAAGUGAGGAGGAGAGUGAGGAAGAGUCUGAGAAACAGCUGAAUGUCAGCAAGUGGAAAAAGAGGGAACCAGACUCAAGCAGCAAGGAGGAGGAUGAGGAGGGCAGUGAAGAGGAGGUGGAGAAGCAACAAAAGAAAUUGAAAGGGAAACAGAAAAAGACGGUACUGUAUAGUGAGGAACAGGAUGAGGACAAACGGACAAAAAGGAAAGAAGAAAAGAGUUCAGCAGAAUCCGACAGCAGUUCAGAGAGCGAAGACGACAGAAGACCUAAGAAAAAGGCAGCAAAACAGGAGGAGGAGCGGUCUCAGAAGAAAGGCAAAACCAAGCGGGUUACCAGCGACUCUGAGAGUGAGGGCAAGAGCAAGGGAAAAACGGUGAAGACAGGAUCAAAGCAGUCACAGAAAGGUGGGGAGGACAAGUCCCGGAGAGGGAAACCUGGAGCAAAAAACAGACCAGGGGAAAAUGGAGAUAAGCGAGAAGCAACAGACCAGUCUUCAGAAGAGGAGGGCAGCGAGGGAGAAGGGAAAAGGGAGGAAGAGGAGAAGAAGAGGAAGGAUGCAUCGGGAAGUGACUCUGACUCCUCAUCGCUCCCUUCCUUGGAGGAAGAGGAGAGCAGCAGAAAGCCAGAGCAAGGGAAGAAGAUGAUAAAGACAAAAAAGACUGAGAAAGACACUGCCACGAAAGGAAAGGGGGAUGAAGAGGACAAAGCAGUGACCAGACUGAAGCGUUACAUCGCCCUCUGUGGUGUGAGGCGGAACUACAAGAAGCUACUGGAAGGGUGUCGCUCGGUGAAGGCAAAGGUUGCCGUGCUGAGGAAGGAGCUGGAGGAGCUGGGGGUCACAGGCCAGCCUUCCAUAGGAAAGUGCAAGAAAGCAAGGCUUCAGAGGGAGGAGGCCCAGGAGCUGGCGGAGCUUGAUGUCUCCAAUAUUAUCACCACAGAAGGCCGUCCUAAGCGAAGAGGAGCGUCAGUGUGGCCACCCCCCAAAUCUCUCUCCCCUCCUCCAUCUGUCUACAAGCGCUCGGUAAAUUCCGAUUCAGGCAGCGAGGAGGACAGUCAACAAGGCAAGGAGCGCACGAGAGGCAUUGACUGGAACAGUCUGCGGGGAAUCAUCAGUGAAGACACAGAUAGUGACUGA